CGUCGGCGGGCGGGGCGCGCACCUGGGCACCUGGGCGGGCGGCGGCGGCGGCAGAGGUGCGCCAUGGAGGGCGACGGGAGCCCGUGGGCCCUGGGGCUGCUGCGCACCUUCGACGCGGGCGAGUUCGCUGGCUGGGAGAAGGUGGGCUCGGGCGGCUUCGGGCAGGUGUACAAGGUGCGCCACGUCCACUGGAAGACCUGGCUCGCCAUCAAGUGCUCGCCGAGUCUGCACGUCGACGACAGGGAGCGCCUGGAACUCCUGGAGGAGGCCAAGAAGAUGGAGCUGGCCAAGUUCCGCUACAUCCUGCCGGUGUACGGCAUCUGCCGUGAGCCCGUGGGACUGGUCAUGGAGUACAUGGAGACGGGUUCGCUGGAGAAGCUGCUGGCCGCACAGCCGCUGCCCUGGGCACUGCGCUUCCGCAUUGUGCACGAGACGGCCGUGGGCAUGAACUUCCUGCACUGCCUGUCCCCGCCGCUGCUGCACCUGGACCUCAAGCCUGCCAACAUCCUGCUGGAUGCCCACUACCACGUCAAGAUUUCCGACUUCGGGCUGGCCAAGUGCAAUGGGCUGUCCCACUCGCACGAGCUCAGCAUGGACGGGCUGUUCGGGACCGUGGCCUACCUGCCGCCCGAGCGCAUCCGGGAGAAGAGCCGGCUCUUCGACACCAAGCACGAUGUGUACAGCUUCGCCAUCGUCAUCUGGGGCAUCCUGACGCAGAAGAAGCCGUUUGCGGAUGAGAAGAACAUCCUGCACAUCAUGGUGAAGGUUGUGAAGGGCCACCGGCCGGAGCUGCCGCCUGUGUGUCGUGCCAGGCCCCGCGCCUGUGGCAGUCUCCUGCGCCUGAUGCAGCGCUGCUGGCAUGGGGACCCCCAGGAGCGCCCCUCCUUCCAUGAGAUCACAUCCGAGACCGAGGGCCUGUGUGAGAAGCCGGAUGAGGAGGUGCCCGAGACGACCCCGGACCCCGAGCCCAGGACCGAGGCGCCCGUGUCCACGCCCCUGAAGCGUGCGUCUGCGCCCCCGUUUGACGACGACUGCAGCCUGGCGGAGCUGCUGUCCCAGCUGGACUCAGGCAUCUCGCAGGCACUGCAGGGCCCCGAGGAGCUGAGCCGCAGUGCGUCCGAGUCCCGCCUGCCGUCCGGCAGCAGCGACAAGAGGCUGUCGGGGGUGUCGUCCGUGGACUCGGCCUUCUCCUCCCGGGGCUCUCUGUCCUUGUCCUUUGAGCGGGAACCUUCAAGCACCGACCUGGGCACGACGGACGUGCAGAAGAAGAAGCUGGUGGAGGCGGUGGUGAGCGGGGACACGGGGCGGCUGAUGAAGCUGCUGCAGCCACAGGACGUGGACCUGGUGGUGGACGGGGGCGCCAGCCUGCUGCACCUGGCGGUGGCGGCGGGCCAGGAGGAGUGCGCCAAGUGGCUGCUGCUCAACCACGCCAACCCCGACUUGGCUGACGGGCGGGGCGCCACGCCGCUGCAUGCGGCCGUCGAGAGGCGGGGGCGCGGCCUGCUGGAGCUGCUGCUGGCGCGCCGGGUCAGCGUGAACGCGGCCGACGAGGACCGCUGGACGGCCCUGCACUUCGCCGCCCAGAACGGGGACGAGGGCAGCGCGCGGCUGCUGCUGGAGCGGAGCGCGGCGGUGAACGCGGCGGACGCCGAGGGCCGCACGCCGCUGCAUGUGGCCUGCCAGCACGGCCAGGAGGCGGUGGUGCGGGUGCUGCUGCGGUGCGGGGGCGAUGCGGGGCUGCCGGCCAAGGGCGCGUGGCUGCCGCUGCACUACGCCGCCUGGCAGGGCCACCUGUCCAUCGUCCGGCUGCUGGCCAAGCAGUCGGGGGUCAGCCUGGACGCGCAGAUGCUGGACGGGAAGACGCCCCUGCACCUGGCCGCGCAGCGCGGCCACUACCGCGUGGCCCGCCUGCUCCUCGACCUGCGCUCAGCCGUGGACGUGUGCACAUUGCUGGCGCAGACGCCGCUGCACGUGGCCGCCGAGACGGGCCACACCAGCACCGCGCGGCUGCUGCUGCACCGCGGGGCCUGCCGGGACGCCGUCACCGCCGAGGGCUGUACUGCGCUGCACCUGGCGGCGCGCCAUGGCCACCUGGCCACGGUCAGGCUGCUCCUGGAGGAGCGGGCGGAUGCGCGGGCGCCGGGGCCGCAGAACCAGACGGCGCUGCACUUGGCCGCCACCGCUGGCCACACCGAGGUGGUGGAGGAGCUGGUGCAGGCGACCGGCGGACUGGACCUAAAGGAGGAGCCGGGACUCCAGGCGCCCCCUCGGGCCUCCUGGGGCCGGCCCCACGCCACCGCCACGGAGACCCUCAGCAGACGCGUGCGGUUGCAUGGCCCCACCCCGCUCCUGCGGAGAAGCAAGACCUAG